GGCUGAUGUUGAUUAGGUUUUUACAACGGCCUAGGCCCGAUUUCAUAGCAGCAGUUCGCGAAGAUUUGUACGCAGCUGUUCAGACAAAACACAAAAAAUGGCGUGCAGUUUUCAAGACUGUGAACCAAACCAGCUCAGAUUUACGUUUCCCGAAGGUGGAUACAACAAAAAUUUCAAACUCAUCUUCUGUCCUGAUCAGGGAACGCAAACAAGCAUUAUCAGAUUCAAAUGGUCAGAUUCCUACAAGUGUGACAUCGAAGACGGAUACGGAAUUAAAUUUCUAUCUGAUAAUGAAGCCCUGAUCACAUUACCUGAGGACCUCAAUGAUAUACCUGGAAGUCUCAAGUACCAAUUCUCAGGCCAGCAAGUAAUCAGCCCAGUAGGAUGCUCAUGGCCAGUGACAGAAAACCACAUGGGUGGUAACACUGUUGAGCCUCAAGGUGUCACCAAUUUGUUACAAAGUGCACCUGAACCGCUUCUUCCGAUGUCAGAUGAUUCCGGGAAAGGAGAUACCAACCUUGGAAUAGUUAUUGGUUGUAUUUCUGGAGCUGUUCUCAUCGUCCUCACCAUUCUCCUCAUCAUCUUUCUGUUCAGAAGAUACAAGCAUAAGCAAAGUCCUUCCUGUUCAGAGGAACCUAACAUGAAUGAAAGCCCUGUGUUAGGACACGUAAACAACAUAAUGGUGGAAAAUGAACAGAACACCACCAGGAAGGAAACAGAUGUCAGUGACAUAGAUGAGAAGGAGCCAUUUCUUUGGAAUGAGCAAGAAUCAAAUGAAAAAAAUGCCUGUAACAAGGGUUCAGAGAAGAAAAGCAGUGAUGGGGAAUCAGAUAACACAAAGAACGAUGAAGGUUUUGAGGAAAAGGGAAGCGAUGAGAAGAAAAGCAGUGAUAAGGAAUCAGAUAAAACAAAGAACGAUGAAGGUUUUGAGGAAAAGGGAAGCGAUGAGGAAAAGGGAAGUGAUGAAAAAAGCAGUGACUGCGACACUGAUGAAAAUAACAGCGAUGAGGGCUUCGAGGAAAAAAGUGGGAGCUCGAAGCUUGGAGGAGAGAAACAUGGAUGAAUCGAUGUACUUGAUAAAAGCAGCUCAUUAUUCAUCUUCUGCAAACGACUUUUUAUCGGAGUGUAUUAUCAUUUACUUACAUCUCACAAAGCACGCCGUUACACUCGGAGACAGGCGGGAGGAAGUGCUGGCAAGACCUGCACCGGGAACUUUUUAUAAUAAUGGAAAACUAAAAACGUGGCCUUAUCUUUGGAUUUUGUUAUCCAGCAGGCAGUCACUUUUUGCAUUGAUGUUAUCAUUCAAAUUUUCCCAUUUGUUCUUAUAUCUUAGACAAAAUUUUAGCUAUUUACACUUUAAUUUUGUCGGAUAUAUCCAUGUAAACAAAUACUUUAAAAAACUGCCAACAAUGUGUCUCGAGCUCCCUUACACCAAGGGAUUAUAUGUGCUACUGUGUUGUGUGCGUCCCUCUGAUGGAUCGCUACCUUGCCGCGGUCAGAGGGCUUACAUGUCUCUACACCUCAACCUUUGCAGACUGGGAAACAAACCCACUCUUAAAGGUUGAGAGUAGAGACCAAACUAAGAGCGAUCCUCUAGCCCUGGCAAUUCACGGUGGUUGGUCCAUGGACGACCAGUGGCAAUGAAGUUAACUACAUCACUGACUUUCAGACUAUCCAGUGAAACAAUUAACUAUGAAAAAAUCAUUCAGAAGUAGAAUAGUUUAACUAUGUAUAUCAAAUGUUCAUUAACCAACCACAAAAAACAAGAAAAAGACUUAAGACUUAGGCAAACUAAGAAUGCCAUGAUUUAACUGAAACAAGGAAAAACAAAACACAAAUUAUUGCCACUGGUUGAAAUAUUGAAGAGAUUAAGAUGUGAGCCAUAUUAGAACUUCUCCGGAUGUCAAAAUAUCGUAAACUUCCCAAUUCCGUCUCGGCCAAACUUAAUUACUACAAAUGACAUGAAUAAAAUAAUAUCCCCGAAACACAGUAAAAGCAAAAGUGUUUUCAAAAGUCGUAAUGAGCAUUAAAAUUUUGAAAUGGAUGGAAUAAUAAUUGUUUUACUUAACUUAGCUAAAAAUCACAACAAACAGUUCAUUAGUACGUAUUACUUACUCUGUAUAAUGUUUCGGAUUUUUUUUUUUUUUGUGUGUGUGUGUCAAGUUUUUGCCCAUGGCUUCUUUAGGUUUGUCUUUCCACAGUAGAAUGAACCUGUUGCUUAUUUUUUAAUCUUUUCUACAUGGUCCCCAGUGGGAUCAAAUGAAUGCCAGUCACUUAAAAUUACAUCACACCUGUAUGGUUUAUUUCUAUGCUUUUGGUAUCCUGACUGGACUGACCGUUAUGUCAGGCGGAACAAAACAUUUUUGAAAAAGUUUGAUUAGUUCGAAGAUCAGCGCAAGCUUUAUUAUCACCAGCUUUUUCCCCGAUGUCUUUUGAAUACGUACUGAUGGUUAAAGUUGUAAUUAUAAACUGACUUGAAAGAAAUACUUACAGUAACUUGCUAUAUUUUACGGUAGGUCAUUUUAUUAAUAAACCAUGGGUAGAAACUUGAACACUGCGCCACAAUGCAGUAGCAUUACUUAGUCCACGUUGCAAUAGAACAUGAGACACACUGUUGGCAAUUUUUAAGGAUUUGAGCAUUUAUCCGGAAUGAUGAGUUCAUCAAAAUGUUAAUUAUGAGUCAGUUUGCAGACAGGUAUACUUCUAGGAUUUUUGGUAUAUUUGGAAAAAUCUGGGAAAUGUGAACAGAUUGUUUUUGAACUAUAAAAGUCGCUUUUUCUUUUUUUGUUCCUUUUCCGUUUUCUUUAACACUUGAUUAUAGUUUUUUGUCCGACAUUUCUAUUCGUAGUCUUCAGCACUGAUGUUCCCUUUAACGCUGAAACACAAAGCCAACCUUCGGGAAAUCAAACAUAAGGCGUGACUCGAAAAUAGAUAUCUAGAUUUAUAUAAUUGUUGUUGUCAUGAUUGCAUUAGUUUUGCACUUGUUUUAUGGAAAUAAAAGCACAUUGUGUUGUUUGCCUAGAUGUAACUUUAACACAAAUAAUACAACUGUUUAUUUCAAUUUUGAAACAACUAAUACAUUGUUUAUUUCAAUUUCAGCACAUCUAAUAAAGUUGUUUAUUUCACUUUUAGCAUAACUAAUGAAAUCAUUUAUUUCAAUUUCAGAAAAGUAAACAUGAAUGCCUUUAUCUAUCCAAAUGUUGACUAGGAUGCCUAUUUUAAUAUAUAGUAGUUAAAAUAUGAUGUUUGCAAACAUUGAACUACGUAGUUAGUUAUAGGUUUAGUUAGUAUUUAUAAUAUAUAUAUAGUGUAAAGUAUUUAGUGUCGACUAGCUACAUAGGUUUUGCAAACUUGACUAGAUAGCAGUCUUUACCAAUAUUGUAAAUAACUGCCAUUCUGUUUGUUACAUCUGGAUUGACCCACACCCACUUAGCCUUUAUUCUUUAGAGAUUUAGGGAUUUUUUCAGCCUUUUGUCUUGUCUAGAGAAGACCAGGAACUGGGGCGUGGAAAACUUCCAUUGGCGUCAAACAAGCCUUUGUUUCAAAAGCAAAUAAAUAUUGUUUUUGGUGUUGUGCAAUAUAACCUAGUAUAUACUUUUUUACUAUUUUAUU